CAAUCAGGUUAUGAAACCGGCGAGGAGGCGGCUCCUUCUUCCCGCGCCUUUUGUCCAUCCCCUCCUCAGCCGGGGCGGCCUCGUUAGCAAGGAGCGUGCGGUCAAGGGAGUUCAGUGAUUUACCAGAAUGGCCCCUGGGAAGCAGUCAAGGGACAAGAAACUGCAAAAGUCUCCUGAGUGUCCAUCAGAAAAAGAGGCGAAAACAACUGGGAAAAGGAAGCGAGACACCAGAGAGCUGGAAAAUGAGCCAUUUGCAAAUAAAUUACUUGUGAAAAAAGCCCCCAAGAUUCUGGAGAAAAUGGGAGAAGCUUUCCAUGGAUCCAUGGUCAGAAAAACAGGGGUGUUCUUCAAUCAGCGAGAAACACAGAAGAACAUUGUCCAUUAUCUACAUCAGAAUAUGCUGGGUGGUGCUAUUGGGACACAGCUCAGAAAGUGUCUUCAGGUGCCCUUUGUACGUUCCCUCUAUUCGUACCGCCUGUUCCGCACAGCAAGUCCCUUUGACAGGAGGGUUACAUGCUUGGAAUGGCACCCAACGCACCCCAGCACAGUUGCUGUGGGCUCCAAAGGUGGAGACAUCAUCCUUUGGGACUAUGAAAUGCUUAAUAAAAGCUGCUUCAUAAAAGGGAAAGGCCCAGGAGACUCUCUUGGAGGCAUGAAAUUCAGCCCAUUGGAGUCGGCAAAUCUUUAUGUGGCUUCAGGGGAUGGUACCCUUAGUCUACAGCACCUUGAGGGCCGACCAGCGCAAGUGAUCUCCCACACCCCAGUCUGUGACCAUGAAUUCCAUGAUGUUUGUUUCUGGUACUGCAGUGUUGAUGUAUCUGCAACUUGCCGGACUGUGGCGACAGGUGAUAAUGUGGGCAACGUAGUUCUGCUCAGUACUGAGGGCGAAAAGGUAUGGAACCUGAAACUGCACAAAAAGAAAGUGACUCACGUGGAAUUCAAUUCUCACUGUGAUUGGCUCUUAGCUACAGCCUCUGUGGAUCAGACAGUAAAGAUCUGGGAUCUGAGAAACAUUAAGGACAAGUCAAGUUCUCUUCAUGUACUUCCACAUGAUAAACCCGUUAAUGCAGCUUAUUUCAGCCCAACGGAUGGGGCUAAGCUACUGAGUACUGACCAGUACAAUGAAAUCCGGGUCUAUUCCUCUUCUGAUUGGUCCAAACCCCAGCAUUUGAUUUCACAUCCCCAUCGGCAGUUCCAGCACCUUACACCUAUCAAGGCGACAUGGCAUCCUCGCUAUGACCUCAUUGUGGUGGGUCGUUACCCAGACCCUAGGUUCCCAAGCUACACAGUGGGCGAGCUGAGAACCAUUGACAUAUUUGAUGGAAACAGUGGGGAGAUGGUUUGCCAGCUGCACGAUCCAAAUGCAUCUGGAAUUAUCUCGCUCAAUAAGUUCAACCCUAUGGGAGACACACUGGCUUCUGGAAUGGGUUUUAAUAUUCUGGUCUGGAGUCGGGAGGAAAUGGUAACCCAGAAUCAGGAGUGUCUCAUGCAGUCCAUGACAGAGCAGGGAAUGAGAUGCAGACGCUUAUCUCGACUGGGGACACCGAAACAAAGACAAUCAACCACAGGAGCAAGCAAACUUAAAACUAAACUAUUUAGUUUUGAAUUAGAGAGCACCAAAACAAAGGGCAAAGAGCAUAAAUUACAAGAGAAGAAGAGAGGAAAAUAUUCAGAGGACUGAUCAGGCAAGCAUAUGUGGUGUUCAUUUAGAGCAAAGCCUGUGCUGGCAUGGUAGGUAAUGGUGGCUUCAGAGAGAAGCAAGCCCUUACCCUAACCCAGCUUCUCUGGAUCAUGGAUGUUAUGUUCCUGGAUCACGGAUGGUAUGUUUCAAAAUCCUUUAUUAAGAGCAAAGAAUGGGUCCACGCUCAAUACUCACAUGCAUUUGACCCAGUUAAAGGAGCACCAUAUUUGUGCACACUUGCAGAUUUUUAACUGUCUGGGACAUGGCACAGUGCAGUGAACUGGGCUAUGCUGACAGUUCAGUUUGCAUUUUCAGAACACACUAUUUCCCCUUCCAGUGUAUUGAGCAACCUGGGUUUGUCUUCCCAUGCCAGUUCAAAAUGUGAGAAUUUCCCUUCUCAAGGGUUCUUUCCCAGCACUGCUUCCUCAAAACAGAUACGUUGUGAGGCAACUGUUAAGCUAGAAGCAUUUUCUUGAUUGAUAAACUGCUUGUGGCCUAGGUAUAGAAGUACAGUCUUCGUGAAGAGGCUGUUUGAGACUAAGGCAGGUGGCUUGGGUUUUAUAUUGCAGCAGUUGCUAUUGGGAUUUUGUUUUGUUCACGUCAUUUACAAAAUUGUAAUACAUUCAAUAAAGUUUUGUAUGGAA